AUGAAAAGGAGCGUCCUAAAUUUAUCACAACGACAACUUACCAAGGAUGAAACGAAGGCACUCCAAUUAGGAUUAAAUUUCGCCCUCCCAAAUUUCAAACACAAGGAUUUAUUAAUCGAAGCAGGGAUAAACAUUGAACUAUGCAUGAUGGAUUUCGAGAAAAGUGAAAAUUACAAAAACCACAUCAGAUCAGGUAUUGCGAGAAUUUUACACUCAGAAAUUAAAAAACCGGAUAAAGUCACCAAAUCCUUCGACUGGCUUAAACCAAUAUGCACAACUCUCAAAAAAGAUCAAAACAUCGUUAUCAUACCUGCUGACAAAGGUAAUUUGACCGUGAUCAUGGACAGAAUAAAUUAUGACACCAAAAUAGAAGAAUUACUCUCAGACCCAAGUUAUUCACCAUUACCUAAUGAUCCCACAACCAAAUUAGAAGUUGAAAUCAGCAAUAUGUCGAAAAAUCUGCUUAAAAUGAAAAAACUUGACAAAUCACAACAUCAAAAUAUCACCCCAACCAACUCUAAAAUCCCACGAUUUUAUGGAUUACCGAAGGUACACAAAACAGGUCUACCUUUCCGACCAAUCGUUGAUUUCCGUUCAUCACCAUCCUACAAACUGGCCCAUUUCUUGAACAAAAUCCUGAAGAAAGUAACUGCCAAUUUCCCAACACACAUCAAAAAUUCAUACGAAUUUGCCCAAAAUAUCAAAAACUUCAUUAUUCCUCCCGGAUAUGAACUCGUCUCAUUCGACGUAACGUCCUUAUUCACUCGAGUUCCAAUCAACGAAACUCUGAAAAUCAUUAAGAAAAGGCUAGAUACAUCCACAACCUGGAAAGCAAAAACCAAAUUAAGUGCAGAUGAAAUUUUAAAAUUACUACAAAUCACGAUAAACUCGAACUAUUUUACUUGGAAAAAUGUCAUAUACAAACAAAAUGAUGGUACUCCAAUGGGCAGCCCCAUUUCCGGAGAGUUCGCAGAAUUCUUCCUCCAAGAACUUGAGAAAAAGGUCGUCCUAAAACACCCGGACAUAAAACUACACAAACGAUUCGUAGAUGACUGUUUCUCAUGCAUAAAAUCAGGAACAAAAGACAAAAUCCUGCAUGACCUCAAUUCGUUCCAUCCAAACAUACAAUUCACCUGUGAAACAGAAAUAGACAAGAAACUUCCCUUUCUCGACAUCAUAAUUACAUAUAAUAAUGAUGGACAAAUACAAGGACAAGUCUAUAGGAAACCCACUCACACAGGGAGAUACCUAAAUUACUCAUCUUACCACCACCCUUCCCAAAAGAUUGCUGUAAUUGAUGCUUUAGUUUACAGAGCAUUAGCAAUUUCGGAUGACCAAUUCUUAGAGGAUGAACUUACCUUUGUGACCACCUCACUUACAAACAAUGGUUACCCAAAAAGUCUCAUCAACCAACGAAUAUUAAGAAUGAAGAAAAAAUUCUCGAAUACGACACUCCAGCAAAAUGGCGCUGAAGAAGGAGAAACAAAGCCACGAAUCAUUCUUCCAUACAUGGGAGCACUAACGCACCGACUAACUGGUUACCUCCGGAGAAAACUUCAAUGCGAAUUUGGAUAUCUCACGGGAAAAAAGAUGAAACAAUUUAUAUGUGAUUACAAGGAAAACCCACCUCCCGACCUAGAGAAACAAGUCGCCCCCUCAUCAAACGCAUAA